CGCCUCCCGCGCCCGGGACCCUCUCCCUCCCGCCCGCGCCCCCUCCUCCCGCCUCCUCCCUCCUCCCUCCGCCCUCCUCCUCCUCCUUCUUCCCCGCGCGCCCGGCGGGGCCGGAGAGACCGAGAGGUGGCUGCGGGGAGGCGUAACGGGGAGCCGCGGCUCGGAGCCGGGGACGCCGAGCCGGCACCGGGGAACCUGGGAAGCGCGCUUGAGUUCACAGCUGGCCUGUGGUUUUACAUCUCAUCAGGGACCACUCUCAUCACACCCGUAUCUUCAUUCCUCCCCAUACAGCUUGAACAUCUGGAAGUUCAUGGUUCAUGUACUGUUGAAGCCUGGCUUGGAGAAUUUUGAGCAUUACUUUGCUAGAGUGUGAGGUGGCAUUUUUCUGAAGUUGCUCAUUGAGACUUCUCAGCAUUCCUACAGAUAUAAUAGGUCUUUUACAAUUUAGAACUGAUAUUCAAUUACUGGAAUGUGAAUUCUUCACCUACCUGCUUGGCUUAAAGCAAACUACACCUUGAAUAAUGUCUAACACAUAUUAGUCAAGUGAGGCUGCGGCCACGGAGCUGCGACAUGGCAGCAUGACAGCCCCGGAGCGCGCUGCCCGACGACGCCGGGACGAGGGAGCCCCCGCCUGAGCCGCCUUCCCGCGCCUUUCCCGCUGCCCCGCCCGGCUCGCGGCGCUUGCCGACCCCUUGGACUCCCGACUCCCUCCGCCUUCAGCAUCAAUAUGUGUCAUGUCAUUGUCACCUGUCGCUCGAUGCUCUGGACCCUCCUGAGUAUUGUGGUGGCGUUCGCCGAGCUCAUCGCCUUCAUGAGCGCAGACUGGCUGAUCGGGAAAGCCAAGCCCCGCGGCAGCGCCGAGCCGGGCGAGCAGGGCGCGGGCCCCCCGGAGCCCUACCACCCCACGCUGGGCAUCUACGCCCGCUGCAUCCGGAACCCCGGCGUGCAGCACCUCCCGCGCGAGACGCUGUGCGGGCCCUACGCUGAGAGCUUCGGCGAGAUCGCCAGCGGCUUCUGGCAGGCCACCGCUAUCUUCUUAGCCGUGGGCAUCUUCAUUCUGUGCACUGUGGCCCUGGUGUCUGUCUUCACCAUGUGUGUGCAGAGCAUCAUGAAGAAAAGCAUCUUCAACGUCUGUGGGCUGCUGCAAGGCAUCGCAGGCCUCUUCCUCAUCCUGGGCUUGAUACUCUACCCUGCUGGCUGGGGCUGUCAGAAGGCCAUAGGCUACUGCGGACACUACGCGUCGGCCUACAAACCUGGAGACUGCUCACUGGGCUGGGCCUUCUAUACCGCCAUCGGGGGCACGGUGCUCACCUUCAUCUGUGCUGUCUUCUCCGCCCAAGCGGAGAUCGCCACCUCCAGUGACAAAGUACAGGAAGAAAUCGAAGAGGGGAAAAACCUCAUCUGCCUCCUUUAGCUUGGAAGAGACAUCAGCGCCGUUUUCUUGCUCGCCGUAACCUUGUGAAAUACUUCACUUCUGGUUCCGUCACUUGGGUCAAGUGAAGAACUAGCCUUUACCUACCGAAGCCACAUUCCACAGCCUCCCAGGACUGACGGCAGGCCACGUCCAGCCACGCCGAGCAUUGCACGUGAGGGUCACGGUGCACAUCGUAAGAGAUGGAACGAGAAAACAGCACACAAGCCCUGACGUGGAGUUUCGUUCUGUUGGACCCCAUCUCCCCCCAAGGCUCAAUGAAGGAUGAUGACCUGAACCAUGAAAGCAACAGGUUCUCUGGUAACAGACGAGACCACAGGCCGGAUCUGCAGGCGGUUUUAGGCUGCGUGCAUCUCUGCCUCAGGGUGAGGUUGGUGUGGGGGGUCCUUCGUUUCGUCGCGUUCUUUCACACUGUCUCCUCUGGGGUCCACAGUGAAGACCGCACAUUUCCCGGGGACACCAAGACACUGCCUCUCACUUAGCUGACCUGAGCAGGGACAGUGUGGAAUUCUACUGUGGGACUUACUCUAGGCUGAACUCCAGAGUCAGGUGGGUCCACUGAACUGUCACUCUGAGAGUCUAGAAAUUUGAGGAGAGAAAGGAUGAGGACCUGUCCCACCAUGAGAAUAAAAGCACAGACAGAAUCCUAUUAGUAGAGACAGAGUCACUCCACUUCCCAGGCGUAGCACCAGUACUGGCCCAGUCUCCUCUGCCACCAGAAAUCCCUUGUUGUUCCCUGAGGGCUAGACCUGCGUUUUGACUGCCGGAGGAAACCUGUUUCCUCCUUCCAGGGACCCAGGUCUCCAGGCUGCUGUGGCUCACUCAGAGAGCGUGCCCGAAUCUCAGCCCUUGUGGGGAGACCUUUCCCCGCUGUGCGGGAACCAGGCAGCACCCGGCCGUGUUCCCGCCCCCAGCGGCAGCAGAUGACAAGGAGCUGGUCAUAGGAGUUACGUUUCUCUAGUUACUGGUGUUGGUCCUGGACGCAGACUCAAAUAACAUUAAAUUGCUCUACCCAGUGAGUUUACAGCAAAGGCUUCAUUCUCAGGAAAGCAUAGAGUAGAAGGUUCAUGCAAAAAUGAGAGCAACCAAGCUCCUAGCACCUGCCUACAACUGUUUACAGAAAGAAUGAAACACCACUAUUAAAAAGGAUCCAGGGGCUUUUAAUCUAGUUUCUGUAAGUCACCAAUAACUGAUUCAGGAAAAUGUUAUUAGCCAUCACUUCAACCUUACCCUGGAAUGAUCAAAGGGACCAAAAGGAACCUAGUCUGAUAUUACCCUGAACUUCAGAAUUACAGGAUGCUACAGCAACACUUCCUUAAAACUUAAACAAAUGGGAUGGAUCCACCAAAUUUCUGGAAGGAUUAAAAGUAUGGGUCUCUUUAGGCUUACGAAUCUGCUUACUUGAGGGCUUGCUUUGUUUUGAAAAAUUUAACAAAUAACUAAUGAACCUUGUUUGGGCAAGGUAUUGUGUGCUAAGCACCACCAGGCAUAGAAGAAUCCUGGAUUCAGAUCUUACAACCCUGCCCUGAGUUAAUCAUCUUAAAGCUAUGUGAGUCUGAAAACCAUGCCUUGCUGCAGAAUUAAGUAAUUGCUUUAUAUUAAUACAUAGAUGGGAUGGAGAACUAAAGUUUUAUUCCAGUCUGGCCAUUGGCCUAUGCCAGAAACCAUUUUAUCUCACAGAUUAUGACCUAAAGGGCAAGAGAGGUAUGGGGUUGGGGGGGGGGGGGGGGGGGAACCAGCCUUUAAUGAGUUCACCAUUCUUAGACCAAAACUGAGAAUAAGCAAAGUGUACAUCUGUGACUCUUUUCAAAAAAGCAAAGGGGUAAAUAUGUGUGCUCACGGCAGCCUGCCAUCUGGACUCGGGAAACAAGACCUGCGUAGGUGAUGGUGGCCACAAAACAGGGCUCCUGUCCCUGCCGGAUAGGGACGCACAAGUCCUGAUGCUGUCAUACUUAUCCCUUUUUAACACUAGGAAAUUAUUUUCAUUAGUAAGAAAAAUAAAGUUCCCUCCACCAGGCAAAUAAUGUUGAUUAAAAAUACACAUUUUUUUCUUAAAUUUAUCACAAGAUUCACUUUUCCUUCUAUACAACAUAGAGAACCUAUGUUAUAACUCUGAUUUUACACUCUCACUCUCCUCCCAGACAAGUCAUAAGCCUGGAGGAGCCUCUGAGCAUGUCCAUCAUCUUUACUGCCCGACUGCUUUUCCACUAAGGCGGGGUGGAGGUACAUCCCUAGAUCACUCUAAUAACAAGUCAUAAGUGAAAAUGUGCCCUCUCUUGGUCAGAAGAAAGUCACUUGACAGUGUUUACUUCAUCAGUCUGAAUGUCACAGAAGACCAGAAAAGGUACAUGUGCACACACACAAAACCCCAAACCAUUAACAACUACUUAAAACACUGAUUUGUCAGGCAGAGCACAGAUGAAAUCUCUCUAGCAGAGAAAGAGUAAAAAGGUAAACGUGGGCCUUUUGAACCUGCAAGUCCAUUUAGCCAGGCUUCAGUUAGGAUAAAUGGAAUAUAAAAAUCAUGCUAGCCUAGAUGAAAACUGCAUGGCUGUUUAAAAACCACUGAAUGGGAGGACUGUGUUAGAAAGAAACAGAUUGAAAACAAUUAGACAAUCGUUGACCUACAUCUAUUUUUCUAAUAAAUUUCUAUCAAUCACAUAAUUGCCUCAGUCUAAAAAUCUAAUAUACCUGGACCAUCACUACUACCAAAAAAGUCUUAUUUAUUUUUUGCCUGCAUUUGUGCUUCAAGUUUUGUGAUGGGGCUGGGCUUCCUCAGUGAACUCCAAGAAGGCAGAAAUGUUUGCUUUGGAUUCUGUGGAUUCUUUAAACCUGUGUGCUAAUUCAACAAUUUACAUGAAUUAUGUAAGGGUUUUUGUAUACUUAUCAAACAUCUGUGGUGUAAUGAUCUUUGUUAAGCAUGUAUUCUGUAAAGUGCCAUAGUCCUUUUUUUUUUUAAUGUGUGUAGCAUAUUUAAAAUAUAUAUAUAUUAUACAUACACGAGUCUGUGUGAGAGAUGUGCAAUAACAAAGGUGUAUGUAUGUUCUGUUUUUUGGGGAACUGGACAGGAAUCAGAACAGAGACUGUUUCUGUUUUGGCAAAGGAGAGUUAAAACAUUUUGCCUUCACGGCCUAGUCAUUAAUCCAGAACAAUUCUAAUGCUACACAGACCUAUGUGAAGAAAAGACUGGUAUGAAAUCAUCUUUCCCUGGGUCUAAAUUAAAAUAAUCACUAGAUUUAUGUGAAAAGUUAAGCCAGCAAGCCAGGCCCAGUUAAUGCUAGUCUUUCAUGUGAAAUGUGAAGCUGCCAUGUUGCCUUUUCUGUUAGUGUGAUAACUAGUAGCUGGUACAUAAUCACUAAGGAGCUCUUUCUUAACCUGCUUUGAUAGACCACAUUAAUGCUAGACCACUAUUUAAGGGCCAAUCUCACACCUUCUCAGCCAUGAGGGUCUGCCUAGAACAGACCUCCCUGUGCAAUAACACAUGGCCCCUGGAAAUCCCAGGCCUGCAUUUGCACCGGGGCAGCACAAGAAAGGCACGACUGGGAUUUCUUCUGAGACUGUGGUGAAACGCCUUCCAAGGUUGGGGGGUCAUGAGGUGCUCUGGAGGAACUUGGCACCACUUGAUAUUAUUCAACAACCACUUGAGCCAAAUGUAAAACUGUAUUACCGCUGACGGACUCAAUCAGAGCCUUCGAAUUUCUGGUCAUCCUAUUGUAAACUAAUACAUUAUUUGUCUAGCAUUGAUUAGGUUCCUGUGCAUAUGUAUUUUCACCACAUGCUCCCUACCCUCCCCAGAUAUGAAUUAAACCAGAUUUUGCAAACUUA